AUGAAGCUUUCUUAUUCUCUCUUACUGCCAAUUCUUACCCUGGGCAAUGCCGUAACUGGAUCCGUGAUUGCUAGGCGAGAAUUGUGCGGGCAAUAUGAUUCCAAAGCUGCUGGACCGUACACCUUGUACACGAACCUCUGGGGCGAGAGUUCUGCUACAUCUGGAUGGCAGUGCUCUGCCGUUGACUACCAAAGCGGAAAUGAAGUCUCAUGGCACACUGUUUGGGACUGGGCAGGAACCUCGAAUGGCGUAAAGAGCUACUCGAACAUUGAGUUGAAAUUCAAUGAAAAGCAGUUUACUUCCAUAGAAAACAUCCCAACAACCUGGGUCUGGAGCUACACCGGUUCGAAUAUCGUCGCGGAUGUCUCCUAUGAUAUCUUUACUAGCGACUCUCCCAACGGAGCAGCGGCGUAUGAGAUUAUGAUCUGGCUCGGUGCGCUUGGCGGUGCUGGUCCCAUCUCUAGUACUGGGAGCCCGAUCGCAACAGUCAACAUUGCUGGCGCUACAUGGAAGCUUUACUACGGCAUCAAUACUACGUGGAAAGUCUUUAGCUUUGUCGCUGAAAGUGAACAGACGUCUUUCAAUGCGGAUCUUCUCGACUUUUUCAAAUAUCUGAUUCAACAUCAAGGCUACCCUUCUACUCAGUAUGUUGGUACUAUUGCAGCCGGAACUGAGCCCUUCGUUGGAUCUGGACAGUUAACAACUACCGAGUAUCUACUCUCGGUCAACUGA